AGGCACCACGUGAGAAUUACGACACACUCACGAGGGGAUCGGGCCCCCACAAGAGAGUCCAAAAGUUUUGGCGGGUCAUUCACAACAAAUUCAAAUUAGUAAUCCCUACCAAAUCCCUAACUUUUUCUCCAAUCAGUCAAUUCAUUCUCAUUUCCCUCCUUUUCCCCAUUUGCUAGGGUUAAUGCUUCUCUCUUUGCUUCAUUUCAGGUGCGAGCACUGCUUUUUGCCAGAAUUCUGGGAUUUAGCUGUGGAUUUUUGCUUGUUUUUCUGUAGGUAGGGAUAACAUUCAAGCUGUUUUUGAAGGUUGUCCGCAUCAAGUCAAUUAUCAGAAGAAUAUUUGCCUAGCUUCUGUUAACAUGGAAAGAAAUCUUGGUUAGAUUUACUCUUAAAUUUGAGUGAAGUGGAAAACUUGAAGGUAGAGGAGAUCCCUAAUUGCCUGGCAAGUAGAGAAAACAGAAAGAGAGUAGUAUGGGGAAAGUGUCUCCUAAAGAUGGCCAAUGCAAACUUCCAAAACAGAAGAGGCGGUCGAAGAGUACAAAGAGCAUGUAUCUGAGACCAGGUGCUCUGGCACAGCUUCGGUACACCAAGGUUUCUGCUGCUAAAUGUUGUACUGAUCUUUGGAAGAAAAGAGUGGUGGUAAGGAAUGCAGAUAAUGCUAAUGAGGAAGUUGUACUUCCAAAUAAUGUUAAUGAUGAGAGUUCCAUGGUUCUAUCUCCUGUGAGAUAUUGUUUGGGUGCUGCGACUUCACCCAUGGAUUUAGCCAAGCAGAAUACUUUGCAGAUGACACCAAAGACACCCGAAGCUGUAGAAGGCAUAUCGGAGUCAAGGCUUGAGUCACUUCCAUUGGAUUUGCUGGUUAAAAUACUUUGCCACCUGCAACAUGACCAACUUUAUUCAGUUUUUCACGUCUCUCAGAAGAUCAGGAAGGCAGUAAUUCUGGCAAGACAAUUCCAUUUCAAUUAUACUACUCCAGAUAGAAUGCGGCAUGAUAGGUUAGGAGCCAUGACUCCUCUCCCCGUUGAUCAUUGGCCAUUUGCAAGCAAGGGGGAUGGGAAAAGUUCAUGGGUUCACAGUCCUCAUACUCCUCAGGCUCCUAAGCAUGGCCCCAGGCCCCCAUCUCGUCUCAAGUUUACAGAGAUGGAGCAAAUUGCAGCUGUUCUUUUCCCUGAAUCUGCAUUUCCUUCAAGGUGUUUGGUGCCAUCUGUUAUACCAAAACCCCUUUGCAAGUCCUUGGGUUCUAAUAGAGUUCUAUUCUACGAGGAUGAGCUAUGCCAGGCUGUUUCUCAGAAUAAACUUCUUUAGUUCAUGCUGUAGUUUCUCAUCUCCUAAUAUGUGUACAGUAGGAAUCUUUUGUAGUAAUACAGUCAUGGUGGAGUUUUGUAAUAUUUUCAGGGCACUAGUGGAAGUUGAAGAUGCCACUGGGUUAUAAUGUGAAGGUUGUAAUGCAAAAAUACUAUUCUGGUCUUGUGUAUAGAGUCCUGUAUGAUUUCCUUAUAUUAGGUUUUGGAGUGGCAAUUGCUUGUUGCUUUAUCUGUAACAAUGAAGUGAAAGAAAUAAAUGCAAUGUUUUAGAGGAGUU